GAUCGAUGGUACAAAUGGGCGUGCCUCAAGGCUCAAUUCUCGGCCCCUUUCUGUUUCUUGUAUACAUUAAUGACUUACCUUACAUAGUAGGGGAUAACCAUGAUAUAGUAUUAUUUGCAGAUGACACUUCUUUAAUUUUCAAAUUAAGUCGACAAUUACUAAAAUAUGACGAAGUAAAUAAUGCUAUAUCUAAAUUAGUAAAUUGGUUCGAUGUUAAUAAUUUGCAUUUAAAUGGCACUAAAACAAAAUGUAUGAAAUUCGUGACUCCAAAUGUCAAACAAUUAAAUACUAAUGUAAUUUUAAAUGGGGAGAAACUGAGUCUUGUAGAUACCACCAUUUUUCUUGGAAUCACACUAGACGCGAAGCUUCAAUGGAGCCCCCAUAUAUCAAAACUAGCAAGCAGACUUAGUUCUGCAGCAUAUGCUGUAAAAAAGAUUAGAAGUCUAACCAGUGUUGAAACAGCUAGACUAGUUUACUUCAGCUACUUCCAUAGCAUAAUGUCGUAUGGUAUUUUGCUAUGGGGACACGCAGCUGACACUGAAAUUAUAUUUGUUUUGCAAAAGAGGGCCAUAAGAGCAAUUUAUGAUUUAAAGCCUAAAGAGUCGCUGCGACAAAAAUUUAAGGAAAUUAAUAUAUUAACUUUGGCCUCUCAAUACAUUUAUGAAAAUGUAAUGUACGUACACAAAAAUAAAAGUAGUUUUACAAAAAUAAGUGAUAUUCAUUCUGUAAAUACUAGGAACAGACACAAGCUAGUAGUAUCAGUUACUCGACUCCAUCGAGUCAGUAAUUCAUUCUUGGGGCGAUGUAUACGCUUUUACAACAAAAUUCCAGAAAAUAUACAAAGUUUGACCUGUUCAAAGUUCAAAAACUUUAUUAAACUAAGUUUGUAUAAAAAGGGUUAUUAUAAUAUUAAGGAAUUUAUGGAUGAUAAUAACCCCUGGAAAUGAGGUGAUCGCUACCAAGCUAUUUCUAAUUUGUUGUGUUGUUAAUUUGUGUAACAUCAUGAUUGUAAGCUGUUAUUUUUAAAAAAAAAGUCCCGCUGGGUUUCUUGCUGGUUCUUCCCAGGACAGAGGUUUUUUCCGAACCAGUGGUAAUCAAACAAAAGAGUGACUUUCAAUAAGUAUUAUUUAUAAUCUAUAUUGAAUAAAAAAGUUUCUGUUUCUGUUUCUGUUUCUGUUUCAAAUUAAUUUAUCUCAUACUUAUUUCUAUCUUAUGUCUUCGAAUAACAUACAAUCAGAAUCAGACGGCGAAGUUUUCGUUCUUCACUCGCUAUCACUUACGAGUAAGUUCAUUUAAAAUAACAUUAAAAUUGACUUAAUAAACAUAAUAAUAAUUUAAUUUAAUUAACAAAAAGGUAAAAAAAGUUUGGGCUCGUCCGGGAUUUGAACCCGGGACCUCUCGCACCCUAAGCGAAAAUCAUACCCCUAGACCAACGAGCCGCUGGCUAACACACCUCAAAAUUGCAAAUGUAUUAAAAAGACACAUUGCUCCAUACCGUUGCAAUUGACAACCAAUAAUACUAAGAAACAGGAAAAUAUAUAAGUAGUUUAGUAUUAUUCAUUCUGCCAUUGAACUUGUUGAAUUCAAUGUUGUAGGUGUGGAACUGUUUUGCUAUUUUUUAAGGAUGAAAAGUGAUACCUAUUAUCAAGUCAUGCCGUAUUGAAAUCUACGAUAAAACGGGCUAUCUUUUGAAGUAUAACUUGCCUAGGGUAGUACAGUAUGUUUUUUUUUAAUUAAUAGACAAAAUUAGGUGAUCUUAUUUUUUCAACUACAACUAAAAAACACUACGUUAAUUUUAACUAACAUAGCAACCUUUUUUUGCUUGAUUUGUGACUGCGAUUAAUAGCACGUUUAUUUAAGACCACGUUACUGAAAAAAUCACUGUAUCGAGAAAGUGGUCACAAUACCUAAUGAUAUGAUAUAAGGUGUCGAUUUUCCUUAUUUUCAUACAUUUGUCAAUUAUUAUAUUUUUAUUUUAUUUUUCCCCGGGCUGGUACGAAGACCCCUCCCGCCCCGUGCCCGAUACACGUUGAGUUUCGGGACACGUUGUAUCAAGGUCCGACUAACGGCGGUCGGCGUCGGCGGCAGUACGCAGCGCGCGCCAGUUCUAGUGACACGUAUUGUGAGAACGAAAAGUUAAAUAAAAUGAAGUCCUGUGUGGUGAAAUCAUGUAAAAACUACAUGAAUAAAUUUAAAAAAUUACAAGGAAUCACCUAUCACGAGUUUCCACGAAAUGCAAGUCGUAAAGAUGAAUGGGUCCGGGUUAUACGAAACUGUAGAGGAGAUAUCGAUUGGAAGCCAUCAACUGCCAGCACCGUGUGCAGUGCGCAUUUUGACGACGCCGAUUUUAUAACAACAGCAAAGGGAUUACGUUGCUUAAGGCCGCAUGCUAUUCCAAAAAAGGUUUCCUAAAACCAAUGAAGUAUGGAGAAAAAUGUUAAUUAAUAUAAUUAGAGAGAGUAGAAACGAAAAUGAUUGGCUUCCGUCGAAAUCGAGUGUAAUUUGCAGCGAUCAUUUUGAUACUGAAGAUUUAUACACAACGAAAGAAGGAAGACUUAAAGUUACUACUUAUGCAGUACCAAAAAAGUUACUAUCGUCGAACCUUCAAAAAAUCCAAAAGCAACAAACACCUACUAUGCCUACGCCUACGCCUAGGCCUACUAUCCUGCAGGAAUCAUCAAAUGUUGAAGGAGUAGCAAAAGCUCCACUGACGUCAACAACGCUAAGCACGAUAUCGACUCAGUCGCAAGUACCGGUAUUCGAAAAGGUAUACGUAAAGGAAGAAUUAAUAGAAUAUUGUCGAUUAUGUGCCGCUUCAGAUUGCGAUGGCGGGCUAUUAAACCUUCAGAGUGACGAUUCUUUAAAAAAUCUUGUAGUAAAAAUGGUAAAAAGGUUGAACACUUAUAUUGACUUCAGCCAAGAACAUCUUCCAACAACCAUUUGUCCUGCGUGCGUCAAGGCGUUAUAUACGGCUUAUGACUUCGUUGUUGGCAUAGACCAGGCGCAGAUAACUCUCAAUAAUAAGCUGAUCCAGAAUGACAUACGUCAAAUGCCAGGAAAUAGGAAUCUUGACAACAACCUGAAUUCAUCUAGCACGUCUUUACAGCAGAUUUCAACAAAUGAAGGGACAGAGGCGAAUGAUUUUGAGCAGAAACCGCUACCUAUGCCGAGCACGAGCGUUCUUUUGCCACAAGUAUCAACCAACAAUGCACCAGCAACAAGCAAAAUUGAGCAGCCACCAGUAAUUGAAUCAAAAUUAAACUUGCCUUAUUUGCUGGAUUCUGUCGAGAAACGAUGGAAGUACUCGUACGAUCUCAAAAAGGAAAGGCAGAAAAUUG